AUGAAACUGAUGGAAAGUCAGCCACUGCAAAGUGUGGUUCGGCUUGAACGCCUGGGUGAGUUUCGCAUCUGCCAAGCUGGCAAGAGCUUCGCAUUGCACUGCGUGGUGCCUUGGGUGCCCAAGGCGCCAUCCAAGCCUGGGAAGCGGCAGCGGGUGCCAGCCGCCGUCCACGAGGCCACAGCUUUGGCGUCGGCCACGCGGAAGCAAGCAAUGAAGGACGCGGCCUCCCACUUCUUGCUUGAGGAGCCACUUCUGCUCAUGUGCGCCUGCGAGCGGUGGGAGCGUGUCCUGGCACUGGAUCUUCGGGAAGCUUGGCGUGAUGCGGCUGAGGUGGAAGAGAUCGGUCAGGGCUUAUUCCGCCUUUGUACCAGUGAGCCCGGUGCAUGGCCACCUCAGGAGACAAGCCCUGGGCCCGAACCCCCCUUAUUGCGAGAAGGCACUUUCAAGCACAGUGUGUGGCAUGUAGCGGGCUUGAGACGAUGCCUGCACUUGCUCACGCUUCCGGGCUCUCAGCGCAGCCUUCUGUCUGCGACGUGUCAACUGAAACUCGAGUUUCCAGAUGGAUGGAGCCUGGAGCAUGAGGGUCCACAUCCGCCUCGCUUUGAGUCCCUUGCUCCUUACACACAGUCCUGCGGAUUCAUGGCUGCUCAGCUCGGGCGAGCCAUCGGGGGGCCUGUGCAUGAGGCAACCGACUCGGAUGUGGCAGCACGGCUGGUCACGGUGCAGGUCGUAGGAAGGGAGGAUCUGUUUCUGCUGGCUCGGGAUUCCCUAAGUUUCGAUGGCUUUCGACCCACGGAAUUUGGCCUUGCGUGGAGGGCCCGGCCCUUUCCAGACUACAGCGCUGCUCUGGAGCCGCUGGCAGCCCUUGCCAUGCUGGGUUUGGGGUUGCGGGUGCACAGGCGCCUUUGGUCCCAGGAUCCGGUGGCCUUCCUCGACGCGACCUGCGGCACGGGCACCCUGGCGGCCGCCGCCAAGUACUGCAAAAGCGACUGGCCCAUCUAUGCUGGGGACGUGAACCCCACGCUGGUGAGGAGGGCCAAGUGCAACCUGGAGGCCGCCUUCCCAAGUCAAACUUUCGAGCUCGAGCUCGAAAAGGAAAAAGCAGGAAAAGCAGCAAAGCCUGGCCAGAGGCCAAUUCAGCCUGUGCCGGGGAUCGGGGUGGGAGAGUGGGAUGCCACGGAACGGUGGCCCGUCCCAGCGAUGGCCGUGGGCAGCUCCGGCCAGGGGCUGCUGGUUGCUUCGAACCUGCCUUGGGGCAAGAACUUGAAGUGCCAGGUGGAGGCUGCCACGCAGAUCACCCGAUGCUUGGCGAGGUCCUUUCCGGGUGCCACGCUCUGCCUCGUUGCGCCCGAGGAGGUAGCGCGCAACUGCGAGGGAUGGUUCCGCACCGUGUUCACGGAGCCGGUUGGCAAGAAGGCUGCUCUCAUGCUGGGACACGGCAUCGGUGAGCCCCAGUGA